CUAGUCUUGUUCUUUCGUCCAUUAAUUCCAUCCAACUGCGAGUUUGACCCGCACUAGGCUCCAGCUUGCUCUACCGAUCAUGGCCGCAGGUGCUGCCGUUCCGGUCAUCUCCGCCAGGGAAGAUCUCCCCGCCGACCUGACCUCCGCCUCCUCCGAGCCCCCUUCCCUCUUCGACGGCACCACCAGGCUGUACGUGGCGUACCACUGCCCGUACGCGCAGCGCGUCUGGAUCGCCAGGAACUGCAAGGGAUUGCAGGGCAAGAUCAAGAUAGUCGCGCUAGAUCUCGUGGACAGGCCAGCCUGGUACAAGGACAAGGUCUACCCAGAGAACAAGGUACCUGCCCUGGAGCACAACAAGCAAGUGAAAGGAGAGAGCCUGAAUCUGCUCAAGUACAUUGAUGACAAUUUCGAUGGCGCAGAAUUGCUCCCUCAUGAUUCUGCAAAGAAGAUGUUUGCCGAGGAACUGCUUGCGUACAGCGACAGUUUCAACGCCAGCGCUUUCUUCUCAUGCCUACGCUCCAAGGGAGAUGUGACCGACGAAGCUGUUGCCGCUGUUGAUAAAAUAGAAGCUGCCCUAGGAAAGUUCAGCGAUGGCCCUUUCUUCCUUGGCCACUUCAGCCUGGUCGACAUUGCAUAUGUGCCAUUCAUCGAAAGGCUUGAGAUAUCCUAUUCUGGCAUCAAGAACUACGAUAUCAUUGGGGGCAGACCCAACCUUGGUAGAUUCAUCGAGGAAGUCAACAAGAUCAACGCAUAUACACAAACCAAACUGGACACACAAGUUACGCUUGAUAUAAUCAAAGAGAAGUUUGGGGCGCGUUAUCUUCCAAUUUUUUAGCCUUGGAUCAUGCCACCUUCCAAACCCAACCACACUUACCCUUUGACUUUGACUUUCAGAUUCCUUAAUGAUUGUGGUGGCCAAGGAACUACGACCAGGAAACUCCUGCAGAAUCUUAUGAAGCAGAGAAAGACCAAGGAUUGUUUUCGCUCGUUGAAUGUUCUGCCGUGCUGUGCUGUUAGAGAACAAAUAUAUAAACAGGAUCGUACUGUAAUCUUUCCUUGCCAGGUGCUAGUGAUAUCUUUGCAUAUCUGAAAUUGUAUAUCACCUGUAGAUCGUAA